AUGCCGAGGCAGAUUAUAACAGCGAAAUAUCUCAAGCUCAGCGUGUUGGAGAAACGCCUGAACGAGCUAUUUGGGGUAAACUGUUACACACGGCCCAGGGCCGUAAACGGAAUUUUCGAACUCGAUAUUCCCCAGCUGCUGACCGACGAGGAAAUCAGGUACAUCCAGGACAUGAGUUUCCCUACGGUUGCUGUGCUCAUGUGA